CCAGCUCACUCGACGCAAAACUCGACUGAGGUCUAGUCACCAUCAGGUUCGUCGAUCAGUUCUGCCCAAGCUUCAUCCAAUAAGAGGAUCAACUAUCAGCGGAUUACAGAUCGGGAGAGGAGAUUCUCAAGUGUGGUGAACCGUGAAUGAAGAGGUGUUGUUGAAUCUCAGAAAUAAUGACUUUGGGCCUGACGAAAGUGCUCCUGGACACGAACGUAUUCUGGUCACCUGUGGACCCUCGGACCGAUGGCUGGUUCUUGGUGGGGAACUUGCCGGCGCUGAUAGCCCUCUUGGUAGGAUACGUUUACGUCGCGAAGAUCGCCGGGCCCCGAUGGAUGAAGAAUCGACCACCUUUCGACAAUCUCAAACCGGUGAUCCGAGUCUACAACUUCGCCAUGGUGCUCAUCAACGCGCUCAUGCUCAAAUACUUGUUAGCGAGGACCUACUUAGGCGGUGGAUACUCACUCUAUUGCCAAAGCAUAAACUACACCGAUCGGAGUGAGCAAGCGAUGGAGCUAGUGACCGCGUUGUAUUUCUACACCUUCGUGCGGAUAAUAGAUUUCUUGGACACGAUAUUCUUCGUUCUAAGGAAGAAGUUCGACCAUGUGAGCGUUCUCCACGUGUCACAUCACUGCCUCGUGGUAUUCAUCGGCUGGUACGGGGCGUCGCACGGUUACGGAGGGCAACCAAUGGCCGGCACAGCCAUAAACAUGUUCGUGCAUGUGAUCAUGUACACGUACUAUUUCUUAGCAUCGUUCGGAAAACGCUUCGAGAAGUACCUCUUCUGGAAGAAGUAUCUCACUCAGCUACAGCUGCUGCAGUUCAUCUUCUGCAUGGUGCACAUUCUAGUGCCGCUCUUCGAUUCCCGGUGCUCCAUCCCACUGGAUCAUGUGGCGGUCGUUAUCGUUCCCGUCAUAUUUUUCCUGGCGAUGUUCUCAAGGUUCUACGUUCAUACCUACUUGAAGAAAAGGAGCACAGAAGCCAUGAAGACAGCUCUCAUCAAAAAUGUACCUCUCAAAGAACGAGCCCUAGCAACAAGUCGGGACAAGCUCAGAUUCGAAGAGAUCAAGAAAUUGAAUUGA